GACGUGGCACAAAAACAGAAGCAGGAACGGGGCGGCUAAGGCUAAGUGCUAACAUUACUGCUAGUGACUGCCUCUACACUACAGUCCGAUCUGGCAUAUUAAACUAAUACGCACAAAUGACAGCGGUGGAAAAAACUCUGGGACGUACCGGUCUCAACUGAAUUCUUUGUUACACGUUAGAGUAUAAUUCGCUAUGGGGCUCUGCAAGUGUCCAAAGAGGAAGGUGACCAACUUAUUUUGCUUUGAGCACCGAGUAAAUGUGUGUGAACAUUGCCUGGUGUCAAACCAUAACAAGUGUAUAGUUCAGUCAUAUCUGCAAUGGCUUCAAGACAGCGACUACAAUCCAAACUGUUCUCUUUGUGAUACGCCAUUGGCUGAUCAAGACACUGUCAGACUGGUUUGCUAUGAUGUAUUCCAUUGGGCCUGUCUCAAUAAUCUGGCCUCUCGGUUGCCUCUCCACACGGCUCCAGCAGGAUACCAGUGUCCCUCUUGUCAGGGUCCAGUAUUUCCCCCAUCUAACCUGGCCAGUCCUAUUGCAGAUGUGUUGAAAGAACAGCUAUCAUCUGUUAACUGGGCUAGAGCAGGUUUAGGUCUCCCGCUGAUUGAAGAGCCUCUUGUGGACCUGGAAGAAACCAAAGCUCCUGAUGUAACCGAUUAUAAUGAUUGGUCAACAUUUGAUGCCCGGGAACAAAGUGAAACUUACCCAAGUCAUUCCUAUAACACCAGUCUUAGCUCUCCAACAAAUACUAUUUCUGCCACAGUGCAGGAAGAGCUUGGAGGUGCUCGGAAAAAUGGAGAACCAACUAUUCAAGAUCACACCGUAGUAAACUUUAAUACAGCCAGUGUUAAUGACACCCUCACAAUACAUGCAGCUUCAUCACCAAGAAAGGUCUAUGACACACGAGACACUGGCCACGGCUCUGUCACGCAGAUUGACUUUGAUGAUGACAAGUACAGACGUAGACCAGCUCUGAGCUGGUUUGCACAAGUUCUCAAGAACCGUACUGGAGGGAAACGUACAAGUCUGACGUGGAAGCAGCGGAUGUUCAUGUUUCUUUUGGUUGGAGUUCUGGGAUUUUUCACUUUGAUCAUCAUCAUGGCUAAACUCGGACGGGCCUCAGCUGGUUCAGACCCAAAUUUAGAUCCUCUUCUUAAUCCCAACAUCCGUGUAGGGAAAUACUGAAAACAAGCAUUGAUUACUUUACACAACCUAAGAUUGUGUAGACUGCAAGUUUGACUUUUAACCUAGUUGGUCCAACAGAGGGAGCUAAUUAAUCAUUUUGAAUGGAAAGAAAUUUGGGACUUCUCCAGUAUGGAAACAAUGCUGCCUGACUGUGGUAUAACACAAGCUGGAGACUUUAUUUUUACUUGGAUUACAGAUUUAAAAUGAGUGGUGGGUAUUUAUUUUUUUCAAUUCCAGUGACCAGAUCUGAUAACAGUAGAUGUUGGUGGACCAACACAACUGAACCUACUUUGUAUAUGUUUGACGAGUUACAUUUUGACAUUUAUAAUCAGAUGGGUGACAGAAAGUAGUGUGCAUUUUUGGUGGCUUACUGAUAAUUAAUAUACAAACUGAAGUUAUGGAAA